GCGACACCUUCAAAGGCCAGCCCUUCUUCCUUAGAAGCGCCGAAGACUAUCGAGAAAGUUUGCAGAGUGUCCCCAGAGCGGAUUUUGGAUUGAGUGAAGAAAGACAUUCGUGGACUGUCCAGAUUGUAGACCACCAAACAGAUCAACACCUAGAAUGGCCACGGCAAGCACCUCUGGACAAAGUCCCUUUGGGCUGGGCAGGAAGAAGAGGGCCCCUGGUCUCCUGGAUCAGAUUGGCAGGUUCUUUGGAGGAGACAAAAAGAAAAAGGGAAAGAGACCCCAGCACUCUUCCACUCGUCGUCAUGGAGAAGUCAACCCUGUGGUGCAUUUCUUCAGGAGCUUGGGGUCUUCUUCUCGUCCCAAGUCGAGGUGGAGAGAAAUGUUGGGUCUGGCUUCCCCGUCAACGCAUGGCUCGGAUAGCAUUAGAUCGCCUCACAGACGCAGAAGGGAACAGAACACACUCUCCAGAAUCUUCAACCUGGGAGAAAGCCGAUCUCGCUCUCCACCCAAACGCUGGAGCACCAUCUUCUGAGCCCUUCCCCGACCAGAAAAACACCAAGAUGGAAGAGAGUGAAAUGGAUGAAAAGCAAAACCUUGGGAGGGAGGAUCUCUGCCCUUUAUACUCACAAGUCGCAGCAAGUUUAACAGACUAACAUUAGCUAUCUUCGCUUCCUAGAUAGAUAUGCAAUCUAAGUAUUUGUUGUUACAUGCCUGCAGGGUUUUAUAAGCAUGUGUGGACUGUAUGUGUGCAAAACUGCUGCAAUAAUUGUCAGUGGUCAGGAGAUGUGAUAUUUGGAUGACUAGUUGCUAUAUUGAAAGUCUCCCUGCAAAAUUUAGUUCAAAGAAGAACAUCAUACCUCAGAAAUGCAGAUUAACCAUGAUUAUUAUUGUUUGAUUAUUAGUCUUAAUUGACCGAACUAGACA